AAAAAUAAAAAUCCGAGAAGUUCUUUACAGGCUAAUGAUCAGCCAGCUUUUCUAUGAUGGCCAUCAGACGCUCGCUGUGCAAUUAUCCAAUAUCAUUCAAGCUGAGCCACCAUGUCCUCCUUCAGAUCGUUUACUUCACUUAAUGUUAAUCGGCAUGGCCCAUGAACCUGAUCGCAGCAAGAAAGAACCUGGCACUAAUUGCACUUAUUUACCUUUGGAUAAUAUAAUUGGCCCAGGUUUAGAUUUAGAAUUUGAAACUGAAGCUCAAGUACAAGCACCUGAACCUGCUCAAUAUGAAACAGCCUACGUCACUUCUCACAAAGGUAAUUGCAGAGCUGGAGCUUUUUCGGCUGACGGACAGUUGAUUGCUACUGGUUCAGUGGAUGCGUCAAUAAAAAUAUUAGAUGUAGACAGGAUGUUAGCUAAAUCUGCACCUGAUGAAAUAGCAGCCGGUGAUCAGACAGGGGGACAUCCAGUAAUACGCACUUUAUAUGAUCACCUUGAAGAGGUAACAUGCUUAGAAUUUCAUCCAAGGGAACCUAUUUUAGUGUCUGGCAGUCGUGAUUUCUCCGUGAAACUCUUUGACUUCAGUAAAGCGAGUGUUAAAAAAGCAUUUCGCACAAUCACAGACGCCGAUCAAAUUAGAUGUUUAUCGUUUCAUCCAACUGGCGAUUUUCUAGUAGUUGGUACAAAUCAACCAGUGAUUCGUUUGUACGACGUUAAUACUGCCCAAAGCUUUGUAUGCAGCAUACCGAAUCAUCAGCAUACAGCUGGUAUAACAAGCAUUAAGUACUCACCAGAUGCAAAAACCUACGCCUCUGCGGGCAAAGAUGGAAGUAUUAAAUUAUGGGACGGAGUUUCCAACAGGUGUAUCAAUACAUUUGGCAAAGCACAUGAUGGAUAUGAAGUCUGUUCUGUAGCCUUUACAAGAAAUGGGAAGUAUCUCUUGUCGUCCGGAAAAGAUUCCUUAAUUAAAUUGUGGGAGCUAUCAACUAGUAGAUGUCUCAUAGCAUAUACUGGUGCUGGAACAACAGGCAAGCAAGAACACAAAGCCCAAGCUGUUUUCAACCAUACAGAGGAUUACGUGAUGUUUCCAGAUGAAGCAACGACGUCGUUGUGUGCAUGGAAUUCGAGAAACGCAUCGAGGAAACAAUUAUUAUCACUAGGGCACAAUGGCCCAGUGAGAUUAAUUGUUCAUUCCCCAGUAGCACCUGCUUUUUUAACAUGUAGCGAUGACUUUAGAGCUAGAUUCUGGUUCCGGAGAAUGCCUACCCAUUAAGAUGAAAUAAUAAAGAAAAAACUAAUUUUUUUCUACAUUUUUCAUUUUCUUAAUACAUGUAAUAGAGAUAAGGUAUUCAAUAAAAUACAAAUGUAUAUUAAAAUUA